AGUGCGUACUCGGAGGUGGCGCUCUGCGCGACAAGGGGCCACACCUGCGUAAGAGCCGGCGACCAAGCAGCUGCACGAGUCUGGGCUGGCAGCAUGAGGGCUCGGCUGGGGGUCUCACAUCUGCUGCUUGGUGUGCUGGUCUGCUGUUUCCAAGUUCUGAGCGCAGAUGCCUGUGGCACCCCCACAGCCAGCAGUCGGAUUGUGGGGGGCACAGCUGCUGCGGAUGGGGCCUGGCCGUGGCAGGUGAGCCUCCAUCGAGAUGGUAAGCACAUCUGUGGGGGAUCGCUCAUCAACGAGCAGUGGGUGCUGUGCGCCGCGCACUGUGUCGUGGGCUACAGCAGCUCCAGAUUUACCGUCUACUUGGGUCUCUACACCGUGGACCAGCCGAGCUCUCACACUGUGGUGGGCAACGUGAGGAACAUCAUCAUGUACCCCGGAUACUCGUCGCCCACCUCGGGAAAGGAUGCCUCCCUUCUGCAGCUGGACCGGCGAGUCACCUACAGUGCCUUCAUCCUCCCCAUAUGUCUGCCCAACGCCAGUGACGUCUUCACGUCCCAAAACAGCUGCUGGGUGACAGGCUGGGGCUACGUCAACGAAGGAGUUGCACUACCAAGCCCUGGCACUCUGCAACAAGUCCAAGUCCCGAUCAUCAGCACUGCCAUCUGUGCCGGCUUAUACAGCAGUUACAAGAUCACCAUACUCAGCGACAUGACAUGUGCCGGCGACUUGAAGGGUGGGAAGGACUCCUGCCAGGGAGACUCCGGAGGCCCGCUGGUCUGCAAGAGAAGUGACGGCUCCUGGGUACAGGCGGGCAUAGUCAGCUGGGGAGUGGGCUGCGCUGAGGCCAACAAGCCGGGGGUGUACUCACGCGUCACCUCCUUCGUCACGUGGAUCGAAGCCAACAGCAAUGUGACGUCGAGCUCGGGCAUCGGCCUGCAGACAUUUUCUCAGGACCUGAUAGCAAAUGUCUCUUAUUUCUUAGACUUGAGGGCUGGCACUGGCCACUGGGAGGUCACCCUGUGUGUGCUGAUGUGUCUUUGUCUGACCAGACUGUUCACUUGGAGGACUGUCGGGGAUCAGGGACACGUUCUCGUCACAAUGCGAGUUUUGAAGGGUUUCCUCGUCGUGCUGCUCGGCCGGCUGUUAUGCUGUGGACAAUGCGAGAGUCCAGAUGCCUGUGGCACCCAAUCAGUCCACUCCAGGAUUGUAGGGGGCACAGCAGCUGUGGAAGGGGCAUGGCCGUGGCAGGUGAGCCUUUGGAGGAAUGGACAGCACAUCUGCGGGGGGUCCCUGAUUAAUAAGCAGUGGGUGCUGACCGCUGCACACUGCGUUGUGGGUUACAAUAAAGAGAAUUUUCAAAUCUACUUGGGAAUCCACCAGCUUGUCAUGCCGAGUGCUCACACGGAGGUCCGCAGUCUGAAGGAGAUCAUUAUCUACCCUGGUUUCUUUGAUGCCAAGUUUGGAAAAGAUGUCUCCGUUGUGCAGCUCAGCCAGCCCGUCACCUACAGCAGAUUCAUCCAACCCGUAUGUCUCCACAAUAAGAGCAGCAAGUUCAUCUUCCAAAACAACUGCUGGGUGACGGGUUGGGGCUCCAUCUUGGAAGAAGUAAUCCUUCCAAGUCCUGGCACUCUGCAGCAAGUUCAGGUCGGCAUCAUCCCCAGCUCGGUGUGUAACUUCUUCUAUUUAAACUUAACUGGCACCAGAAUCUUAAACGACAUGAUGUGCGCUGGAUACCUCUUGGGAUGGAAGGACGCCUGCAGGGGUGACUCUGGAGGUCCCCUCGUCUGCAGCACUGUCAACGGCUCCUGGGUCCAGUGGAUCGAGGAGGAGACGAGUUCAAGUGUUCGGCUGCAAGUGAUGCCCAAGGAUCUGAUGAACACGGUCCUGCUCUUCUUCGACUCGAGGCCUAAGGCUGGAUUCUGGGAGGCCAUCGCCUACAUACUAAUGAGCCUUUUGCUAAUGAGACUUUUAGGCCUUAUCUACGAUAAAAGUCCAGCGUCAAAACCAAAGAGUCUGGCCGCAUCAAUCACGUCUCGAACCAAGAAGAUGUUGUCCAGAAUACACCUGUUGGGUCAGCUGCUUUGCUGCAUACAAGUCCAGAACUCAGGUGCCUAUGGUUUCCCCAUAGCCGGCGAUCGGAUUGUGGGGGGCUUUCCAGCUGAAGAUGGGGCUUGGCCGUGGCAAGUGGGCAUUUUUCAAAGUGGAACUUUUAUCUGCGGCGGAUCCCUGGUCAACAAGGAGUGGGUGCUUUGUGCGGCACAUUGCGUCAGGGAUGCCACUGCCUCCAUAUUGAAAGUCUACUUGGGUCUUUACAACCUCACCCAGCCCAGCUCUCACACUGUGGUCAGCAAUGUCAAGGAGAUUCUAAUGUACCCCGGCUUUCAGUCCUCUCAAACUGGACGGGACGUCUCCCUUCUGCAGUUGGACCAGACGGUGAUGUACAGCAAUUUCAUCAGUCACAUCUCUCUUCCCAACGUCAGUGAUGUCUUCACAGCUCAAGAUGAGUGCUGGGUGACAGGCUGGGGCUCCAUCAAGUCUGGAGUUAGUCUUCCAAGUCCUGGAACACUGCAACAAGUGCAAGUGCCGAUCAUCAACAACACGGUGUGCAACUCUACCUAUUACAAAGAUGGCUACCAGAUCGGCAGUGACAUGAUAUGUGCUGGGUACAUGGAGGGCGGGAAGGACGCCUGCCAGGGAGAUUCUGGAGGCCCCUUGGUGUGCAGAAGAGCUGACAACUCCUGGGUGCAGGCUGGUAUUGUGAGCUGGGGGCUGGGAUGUGCUCAAGUCAACGCACCGGGGGUCUAUACUCGGGUCACCGCCUACGUAAACUGGAUAAUAGAGAACAGCAAUGUUACGUCAAGUGGAACAACCCCUGUGGUACCCAAUGUGUCUCUCAGGAUGGUGGUGACAACAGGAGCCUUCCACUGGACGACUGCUCUUGCCAUCCUGUUACCUUUCUUGCUGACCAGACUCUUCGACUUGUCAUGUUCAGAUCGGCGCAGCCGAGUAGACGCCCAGGGCUUCGCGAGCCACGCCCGAGUGUCACCGGUAAAGGAAAGCGCGGCAGAGACGACCGCAGUCACCAUGCGAGCUGUGCUGAGUGGGUCACCACUGCUGCUGCUGCUCGGUCAGCUGCUUUUCUGCAGACUUGCCCAGAGCACAGAUGUGUGUGGCACCCCCAUAGCCACCAGCCGGAUUGUGGGGGGCACUGCAGCUGUGGAUGGGGCCUGGCCAUGGCAGGUGAGCCUUCACUUAAGUGGAGAGCACAUCUGUGGGGGAUCCCUGAUCAGCGAUCAGUGGGUGCUGUGUGCCGCACACUGCGUGGUGGGUAGCAGCGCCUCCUCAUUGACUGUCUACCUGGGUCUCUACAACGUCAGCCAGCCCAGCAGUCACACGGUGAUCCGCCAGGUGACAAACUUCAUCGUGUACCUCGGCUACACAUCUUCAACGACUGGAAAGGACGCUUCCCUGCUACGGUUGAACCAACCAGUUACCUUCAAUGAAUUCAUCCUCCCCAUUUGUCUCCCCAACGCCAGCACCAUCUUCACUUCCCAAAACAACUGCUGGGUGACUGGCUGGGGUAACAUCAAGGAGACAGCUUCUCUGCCAUAUCCCGGAACUCUGCAGCAAGUUCAGGUCCCGAUCAUCAACAACACUGCAUGUAAUUCAAUGUACAAGAGCAUCAGGUUGACGAUCACCAGUGACAUGAUAUGUGCCGGCUACGCCCAGGGUGGGAAGGACUCCUGCCAGGGCGAUUCUGGGGGUCCACUGGUCUGCAAAAGAUCUGACGGCUCCUGGAUCCAGGCCGGGAUAGUCAGCUGGGGAGAGGGAUGUGCCGAGGCCAACAAGCCUGGGGUGUACACACGUGUCACAUCCUUUGUCACGUGGAUCGAAGCCAACACCAAUCAGACGGCAAGCGCAACCACGAGCCUGCUGGUUGAACCCCAGAGCCCUCAGGGCAACUUUACCUUUGUUAUGAACUUGAAAAAUGGGGCAGUCUGCUGGGACGUCACCAUCUUCACCCUGGCACCUCUUUUGUUGACGAGACUGCUGCUGUGAAGAAAAAAAAAAAAAAAAAGCGGACCCCUGGUGCUGCAGUCCACUGUAAUCCUGAGUUCCCACAUUUCAGGAAUCAAGUCUGUUGGAAUGUUUCUGUAAGGAACCUAUGAUUGUAACAUUUUACAAAUGAUUAGGGUCCAAAUCCUGAUUGCAUUAAAAAGGGGUUUAUAGUGCCCCCCUAAGGGGGAAAAUGUGUAAAAUUAUUAUAUUUUCUAAGUCAGCAGGCUCAGCCUUUUAUUUUUUUUCCUAAUUUACAAGGCUGGCUUGAAGCGAUUUGCACAGAAAGGUCAGGGCCAAACGCCCACUAAUUCAGAUCACCAAGGAACAGUAAGACCAGUUUGUUAUAUGAUGGAACUUUAAAACACGUGUGCUGUGACGGGCACGCAAUUAGCAUCCAAAUGGGAAGAACGUCCUCCAGAAGCCAUGGCCCUUCUCAGACACAGUUAAGCAAGCAUUUGUAAGACAUCAUCAUGCAUCAUCCAUCACUGUAGAAGAGCUUUCCACCUCCAUCAAUCAGACCUUAGCUUAAUGACUUUCCUAUGGAAGAACGGUUUCAAACUCCUGCAGGAGAAUUUCAAAUGCAGGUCAACUGUAACAGCAGCUGGCCUGGUAGCUCAUGAAGUGAUUUGACCUUUUUGGUCACUAUUGGUGCUUCUCACAGACAACACCAUUUCACUAUUUUUGUAUCCAUGUAUUCUCAUGUUGAACUGAUUACUGAAACAAUAAAAAUUUAUGAAGUUGCCAUAAUCUUUUGAAUUGAGGUUUUGAUGAAUCAACUUAAUAAACCACUUCAAAAUGGAGACUUACCUGAGGGAGGACUGGCACUCCACAUAGUCUUCGUUUCCAAUAAGAUUAAAUAAACAAUGUCAUCCAA